CUUAUUAUGCAACUCAUGGGAGGAGUUAUGGCAAAAAUAAUAUUGCCGACUAGCUUUCGUACUGUCACAGUAGGGCUCAGUGCUUUCAAGAUGAUCUUCAGAGAAGUAUGGUCGUUGCUUACAAUGUUUCAACAAAUAUACUUACUAUUUGCAUCGCCAUUUUCAGAGACGGAAACAGAACUUCAGCUUGUUCAUGUAUUAUUUCGCCACGGACAGCGGACUCCGGCGGACACUUACCCCACGGAUCCAUACAUUAACUACACCUUUGAACCUGUUGGCUGGGGCCAACUUACCAACAGUGGGAAACUUGCUCAGUAUCACCAAGGUCAGUAUCUCAGAGCUCGAUAUAAUAAGUUCCUUGGAGCUCUAUACUCUCCUGAAAUAAUUGUAGCCCAGUCUACUGAUGUAGAUAGAACAAAGAUGUCUGCACAGCUGGAACUUGCAGGACUUUGGCCUCCUGCACCUUCACAGCAAUGGAAUCCUGACCUUCUCUGGCAACCUAUUCCCUUGCACAGUGAACCUCUUGAAAGAGAUUCACUGCUGUUGGUAAGAGUGCCAUGUCCAAAAUAUCAGUACGAAAGGAACAACGUGAAAGCCAGUACAGAAGUGCGUAAUAUUCUAGCUGCUUACAAUGCCACAGAGUUGUAUCAAGUGUUAGCUGAAAAGACUGGUACUACAUAUCAAGAUCCAGAUGAUGUACAGUCCCUUUACAGCACACUCAAAGCUGAGGAAGAUUUCAAUCUAACACUACCAGAGUGGACAAAUGGAAUUUAUCCUAACAGACUUAUUCCACUCACAGUUUUCAGUUUUGUACUCAAUGCCUACAAUACUGAACUACAGAAAUUGAAAGGAGGGCCAUUACUAAAGAAGAUCAUAAGCGACACAAAAGAAAAAGUUGAAGGCACACAAACUUCAGUACGUCGCAAAAUGUUCAUGUAUGCUGGUCAUGAUUCCACUAUCUCAAACCUUCUAUCUGCACUUAAUGUUUGGGAUCCUCAAAUUCCUGGCUAUGGUAUUAUGGUUCUGAUAGAACUUCACCAUAAUAAGGAAACCGGUCACCACAUCAAGCUGUUCCUGCGCAACACAACAGACCACGAUCCAUAUCCUCUCACAAUACCAGGUUGUGAUACUGCCUGCCCACUGGACCAGUUUAGAAAACUCACUGAUCCAGUUGUGCCUAGGGAUUGGAAAAUCAGCUGUGUAGUGGAUGAUCCUAACUACAAACCACCACCUCCUGCUGCAGCUCCCUAAUCAUCUUUCACAGCAUUUGGUAACAUAUUUCAAAUAAAUCUUACAAUAUGAAAAUCAUAUUCCAAAUAAAUUUGUAUUGUUAUCGAUAAAUUCAAAUGCACUUCACACAUCCAUGCACAUAAUAAUAUAUGGGGCAAAACUGUUCAAACUCCUAUUUUAAUCAUUAUGUCCAGACUGGAAGUCAUUUUUAUCCAUCACCAAAUAUUUGCCUCAACUUGUUAAAAAAGCUACUUGUUUCUUUACUAUCACUUUAAACCCUUCAACUUAUCAGGUUGUCUAUGUAUAAACCAUACACACAGCUGACAUGUAUUCACAAACUAUUAUUAGAGUGGGUAGGAACACAAUGUGUGGGUCACCAUUAACCUGAGAAACAGAACAUUCUGCACCUGCAUACUGCCAUUUAUCAAAGGGACAGCCAACCACAAAAGAACGAGCAUUCGAUGUAAUGCACACAUUUGUCAGGCAUAGUUUAGUGAUUUUGACAUACAGAAUAUACGACCUUACAACCCCCUUCAGUUUCCCAAUCUGACAGCUCACCUGUGCAGAUAUAGCAUGGCAAUUUUGUACCAGAUUUCACUUUUUCCAAAAAUUUCCCACAUGGUACUUUUCUAACACUACCAAAUCCUGAGCUAUGUUAACUAGUGAGGAUUUCAAGUGAUGAUCGAAGACAUGUGUGAGACACCAGUCUUCCUUGAAGAAAAUUAGGGAAACCUUGACAAACUGGACUUCAGUCAAUAACUUCCAAAAUAUGAGAUAUAUAAAACCAUAAGGCCAAGCUGUACAGCAUUAUUCAAGGUGUAUGGCUAGGAAUAAUUAAUUUUUAAAGUCAUUACUUGUGUAAGAUCCCAUUCAUACUCAUCUUUAUCAUACUUUCUAAAAUGGGUCAAGUGUUCUUUCCACGAAGUGUUGUGGGUUUGUUUCACCACAUCUUCAAAAUUACUGAAUGAAUUCAGGUCUCUUCCAUUGUCAUCAAAUAUGGUCAGUCCAUAAUAUGACCAAAGAUUCACUCUCCCAGCUUCUUAAGAGCAUAAAUAAAAUUUUAAUAGUUUUAAUGUAUGUAAUAUUAAUCUCUAACACUUUAAUGCAAUUGUUUGUAACAAAUGUACCUAUUUAUAACCAAUGUUUUAAGGUACAUCAAAACAGGUUUGCUAAUAAAAUUAAAUCUGAAUCACUACAAAUUUCAAAGUAAUUCCAUUCGGAAUGAUUUUAGCGUCACUGUUAGUGCACACAUUAGUUCUGUGAUAUGAUUGGAUGGAUACUUUACCAAAACAUGUUGCCAAUUAAGUUCAAAAUAUAAUAAUCAACUAAUAAACUUGUUUUGUAGAUGGUAUAAUAAAUAAUAUAAUACUGA